UUUCUUCUGACCAACUCAAUUGCCCUUCAAGACGUGUAGCACGUCGCGUGCUCGGCCUAGAGUGCCCCUCUUUCGCUGGCAUAUCGACUCAUCGCCUAAAUAGCUCUUAAGUGCUUUGUAUAUCGUUACCUUAUGGCAGCAGUAUUCAUACCUCCCUCGCCUCAAAUGUCCCUUAAUAUGUCGACUCGACGACCGCCCCUCGCAAACGUGCCCAAUGCCACCAAUUCCCCUCACAGGGCGGGUCUGGUCCCAGCCAAACGGCCAAGGACCUCGACUCAGCUCGAUAUCCCAUACGGCCAGCCUCCUCCUAAAAAGCAGGUAGUUGACGGGGCCGAACAGGAACCCCGGUCGCCGACGCGCAAGUCAUCUGUGUAUCAGACUACCACCGACUCUAAACUUUUCACCCGACGAUCGAACAAUACCCAGCCGAGUGCGUUCGAAAAGAAAUUGGUGGCCGCGAGGGACAAGGAACGACAGACUACGCAAGUGAAGGGGACGAGGCACGACAAGCCGUCAGCGGAGACGGUGGAUACUAUUCGACAAUGGCAAAGGCAUUAUCGCAAGGCCUUCCCGCAGUUUGUUUUCUACUUUGACAGCAUUCCGGAGGAAAUUCGGAGCAAAUGCUCUAGACAAGUGAUUGCGUUGGGGGCUAGCGAGGAGAAAUUUUUCUCGAGACUAGUCACCCAUGUUAUUACUUCUCGUCCUAUCCCCCCGGAAAAUGGCAACGCAAGCUCUGCCGAGUUGAACACCACUGUGUCCCAAUCGAAUGUGGAAGGCUCACUGCAAACUGUCAACCCAUCACUGCUGGAGAAAAACGCCCACAUGUCACUGAAGAACGAUGCGAGACGUGAACAGACCAACAUGGAUAUUCUGCACAGGGCUCGUAAAAUGGGAAUGAAGAUAUGGGCACUCGAAAAGUUACAGCGCAUGAUCGCUACGAUAAAUGAUGCUGAGAUCAGUGGACACCAUCAUACGACUCGAAACAAUACUGUCGGUGGCACUACCCGGGCCAGAGGCGAGACGGAUCUCUCCCAAGUCCUCCGCAACGAACUUCUGAACGGACCAUCUGAUCGUGAUCCAUUGUCGUCAUUGAAAGAGUUGGUGAUGUUCAAGGGCCCAUUCAUCUAUAUUCACGAUAUGGACGAGAAGACAAAGCCCGUCAUGGUUAGAGAAUAUCAAAAACCAGCACGACGACAGGAUGGUCUUUGGCCGCAAUUCAGAAGUGCACCUUUAGGAAAAUGUCCUUUCAUUGAUGAACCUCCAACGAAGAAGGAACUGGAUCGGCAAAAGGCACGGCAGCAAGAAAGGGAGAAGAAAAAGAAGGCCGCUUUGAAACCAGCUCCCAAUCCUGAGACCCAUAAGAGGAAGCACUCCGUGCAAGAAAAGGCCACUGAGGACAAGGAUACCCAAGAACAACCAAAGCUCGACUUUUACCAGAGACCAAUCGCGCCGCAAGUCAAGCCUGGAUCGCCAAAGAAGAGCUCGGAGAGUUUCAUUCCCCCGCAAUUUCCCCGCACAGGGCCGUUCCAUGUUGGCCGUGAACCAGCUGCAUCAGGUGUCCAGCCCUCCAACAUUACUUCUGCCAUUCGGUCCCAAAUGGUAUCAUCUACUGCUGCGGCUCCCGGAGCCAAGGCGGGAUUGAGCAAGGAGGUCCAUGAAUUGAAGAGGAAGGUUCUUGAAAAGAGCAACGGUGGAAUCUCUACAGGGCCAGCACCACUAUCCCAUCGCGCCACGGAUCAGUCGGCACCGAAACCGACGAAGAAUCAGAGCCAAGGGAUGUCCAAGUCGAAUACACAGGAGAAGCUCGGGAAUGUGAAUGAGGAGGACACUACCCAGUCCGAAGGGAAUGACAAUGCGAAAGGGCAGUCGCACCGUCGGCAGAUCAGCAACCCGAAGAAGAAGGAAAGGAGGAGAGACCCGAAACCCGGUUAUUGCGAGAACUGCAGAGACAAGUUCGACGAUUUUGAGGAGCACACCUUGACCAGGAAGCACCGCAAAUUUGCGACAACCAUGUCAAACUGGGCCGAACUCGAUUCCUUGCUUUUCCAACUGGAAAGACCCUUGAAGACGGAAUACGAAUAUGCUUAGGCUAUGUUCACCUAAUUUCGAUUAUUCCUUCCAAAAUCUCACGAUUUAUCCUGCAAUGCGUCCCGAUCUGCCAUCGAUGACCGUCAGCUUUCCUAUGUCUACGUCCAUAUCGUCUUUUGUGAUAUAAUUUUCGAAGCGGCU